AGAAGGCCGUUGAGCUUUCCGGGCGUAGGUUAGGUUAUUUACGGAAAGCUACUCCUUUUAGAACGGCGGCAAAAGCGGUUUGAAGCUUAAUACCUCUCGAAAAUAAUCAAUGGCAAUAAUAAAGAUCGCGGCCGAACGUCCGACGGUCGCCCCUCCCCCUCUCCUCUACCCCUCGUGAUGCGUCGUUUCCGCCGCAAAUUGAGAGGAACGAAGCGAGAGGAACGAGUUUGAAAUGAGGCUAAAAUUAGGCUGAGAAGAAAUGAGGAACGCGCCGCCGGAGGAGCAGACGAUUAGGUACAGGAUCGUCGGGGUCUGCGUGCGGAUGUCUACCACCUACCUUUGCCAACGUCGAACGACGUGACGACCGCGUCGCAGAGGAGGACGCUCGGCGUGGGCGCGAAAUCCGGAUCGUCCGCGUCGAAGGACACGCUCUCCUCGAAUUCCGUCAGCGUCGUCGCUGCCGUCGCCUCCGUCGUUGCCGGCCGAUGCAUCGCGGACGAGGCGCCGGGAAGGGGAGGGAAAAUCUCGGCGGUUCGGUUCUCUGAAACAAUAUCGCGGGUGAGGGAGACAGUUUUGAGUGAGUGAGCCCGCGUGUGAAAUACUACGCUCGCAUUUCUGCGGAAUCGUGGAAACUGUCAAGCCGCGCCGCGGAACGUGAACGCGACGCGCGUCUCCGUUCCGACAAGGAUUAUUGCAGAUACAAUAAAGUAUCAUGUGCUUCUUGUCUCGUGUCACUCUUUAUCGUGCACGCGUGUACAUAUGUUUAGGUCUAAUUACUCGAGUAUUUCAAGGCUGGACACGUUCACACGUUCCGCGGCGUUCGAUCGUUUUCACGAGACUUUCUCAGCGCGCGACAAGAGGCCGCGGCGGGCGGACUGUGAAGCUGAAGAGACGACAAAUACGUAUAUAUAUGUACAUCGCGCACGAUUACGGAAUUACAUGGAUAUUGCGUGGCGGCAGCUAUUACCUGUGAUUCGAGCCAUUAUGAAGAAGAAAAAGAAGUCGAUGACCCGUAGUCGCUCUCAGGUUUCAAGUUCUUCUCUGGAAAAGAUCAACAAAAUGGCAACUGAAAUAGAGACGAGCUUGCUGGUGAUCGUUCUGGAUGUAAGUUCAUUACAACGGAUAGUAAAGCAAGAAAUGAAGAUACUACCACUGUGUUUAGACUCCACAAUUGUCUUUGCAAAAGCUCAUCUCAUACAGUCAUCUAAUAAUGAAUUGGCUAUAAUGGUAUGCCAUAACCACAGUACUAAAUUCCUCUACCCUUGUGAAAUCACAGCAGAAAUAAGGCAGAUGGAUGACCAGUACGAAAAGUUUACUAUGAUGGAACAUACGGUGCGUCAACAAUUGCAGAGAAUUAUCAGCGAGAAUAUUCUACUAUGGGCAUUCCCCAUGAAUAUUCCACUGAACAUAAGUCUCAUCUCUGGUGCGCUCAACAUGGCAUUGUGCUAUAUCGCUCGAUUAAAGAGCGAAAAGAUCGCCAGUCAAAAGUUGCAUCCUAGAAUACUAGUCAUUACAGCCAGCAACGACUCAGCAACUCAGUACAUGAACUACAUGAAUAUAUUCUUCACUGCACAAAGAAUGAAUGUCAUUUUGGAUGUGUGCAGUCUGGAUCAGGAACUGACACUGUUGCAACAAGGCUGUGACAUUACUGGUGGCAAUUAUCUGAAGGUGCCGCAGCUUGACGAAUUACUGCAAGAUUUAUUGUGUGUUUUCCUGCCUGAUCCUAGUGUUAGGUCAGAAUUGGUUCUUCCUUCGCCAGUAAAAGUGGAUUAUAGAGCAGCAUGUUUUUGUCAUCAGGAGCUUAUUGAUAUUGGAUAUGUUUGUUCUAAAUGUUUUACAAUUUUCUGCAAGUUCAAUUCAAUAUGCACCACUUGUCACACGGUAUUCAAAAUGCCGGGACGUAUGUCGAUGAAGAUGAAGAACAAGUCUAUGUGUGGUUCUCGCCGCACAUUAUUUGUAUAUUCUGUCACAGUCGAAUAUCUAAAGCAACAAAGGCUAAAAGAUAUAGUGAAGUACGUCAUAUGGAUAAUGAAAUGUUUUGCUGCACUAAUAAUAUUCCUAAAUCUAUAUUAUAAUAGCCUGUAUGAUACAAUUCCAAUAGACCUUCGUAUACAUGGCAUAACAUUUGAUGGCAAUCAGACGACGUAUUGCAGUGGUCCUCCAUCUAAAGACACAAUUUAAUUUGAAAAUUUAGGCUAUUAUACAAAUAUUUAAUCAUCAUAAUAAACAACUUUGCAUGUGUCGCACAUGUGUGUAGAAAUUAAUGUUAGCAUAGAUUCUUAAUAAAUGUAUAAUUUUUCAGCAUUUAAAUUUUUAAAUAACUAUAAUUUGUUCUUUAAAAUCUGUUCUUCUAUAACUUUCAAGUUUUCGAUCAAAAAAUUAUCGAAAUUAUGUACUGUAUUCAGGCCCGGUUCCACAACUCACGGUUAAAUUAACCGGCCGAUUAUUCCAUUGUAAUUGAUCAAUCGUAUUUGUUAAUUUUGCUUAACGACAAAUACGAUUGGUCAAUUCCAAUGGAAUAAUCGGCCAGUUAAUUUAACCGUAAGUUGUGAAACCGGGCCUCAGUGAUAUCCCAACUAACGAUGCCAGUUCAGGGCAGCGAUCAUGUAAUUUUUUCCUUAAGGCGAAAACUUGAAAAGUGAAAAGUUUCAUGUAACUAUCUCUUUCUAUUGGUGUUGAAUAGAAAGAGACAGUGCUCUAGUUUACGCAACUUGCGUUCGAUGAUAGCAUCAAAAGACAGUCCAUCUGGCUCAAAACCGUGCCAAAAAUGUCUCAAAGACAUUUUAUAGCAUUGUGGAAAACUAUGACAUGUUUUCUGCUCAACCCGAAGAACGGGGAACAUCAUUGUAUCGCUUCCAUAGGUAACAUAUUUGUAUUGUAUCUAGAAAUUUCAUUUUGUAAUAUAAUAUUUGGUUAAAUAAAACAAUACAAAAAUUA